UUUUACUCCAACUCGCCAUCUUUCCAGAGGAAGUGUGUUUCCCUCAAAGUUUGGACUGUAAAGUGCGUGUUUCGCGCGCUAUUGUUGAGCAAGGAGAUUUCGACGAUUUCGUCAUCCUAAGGCAAUUUAUGACUUUUUUGUGCUCAGAAGGUUGGACUCGGUUGAGCAAACUCAAGAUUCAUUUACACACGGAAACUAAUAGAGGGCUAAAACGCCUACCUUGCUUCACAAUACGGAAAAGAUAUAGAACUUGUAUGAAUUUUACAGGGAAAAUUAUACACAGCAGAAAUAAUUAUUGCAGUAAUUGCAAUCAUUACAAGCGUUUGUCAAAGAGAAAGCUUAUUAAAAGUAGUCCAUCAUGGCUCUUGUCAAUGUCAACAGAAAAAACACCGAUCAGUUUUACCGUUACAAGAUGCCAAAACUCCUAGCUAAGGUGGAGGGAAAAGGAAAUGGAAUCAAAACAGUUAUUGUGAAUAUGGUGGAAAUUGCUAAAGCCUUACAAAGGCCAGCUUCAUAUCCCACUAAGUACUUUGGUUGUGAAUUGGGUGCACAAACCCAGAUAGACUUGAAGAAUGAGCGUUACAUUGUGAAUGGAUCCCAUGAUGCAGAGAAAUUGCAGGACAUUCUUGAUGGAUUUAUUGAGAAGUUUGUUUUAUGCCCAGAUUGUGAUAACCCAGAGACUGAUCUGUUGGUUGAAGCACGUAAAGAGAGGAUUGGUCAGAAAUGUAAAGCUUGUGGAUAUAAUGGGUACAUCCACAUGCAGCAUCGACUGAUCACCUUCAUUUGUAAGAAUCCCCCAAAUGAGUCGGGAACGCCAUCAAAAAAAGAGAAAAAAGGAGGCCGCAAAGACAAGCAGAAAGGGCAACAAAAUGGUGAAACUAGUCCAACACACAAUCCUAUGCAGCCAGGAGAAAAUGGAAUUGAAAACCCUGACUUUAAAAAUGCUGCUGCUGCAGCUGAUGAUGAUUGGAGUGUUGACACCAGUGAUGCCGCUGUUCAAGAACGAAUGGGUACUCUCACAUCAGGAGUGAAAGGUUUGGCAUUGACCGAUGACACUGAAAAGCCUCAGGAGGAGCGCUUCAAUAUCUUCUACAACUUUGUCAAGAAAAGGAAGGAAUCAAACAUGGAUAAAAGUGUCAUUGGAGAGAUUGUUGCUGAAGCAGAAAGGCUGGAUAUUAAAGACAAGGGAGUACUGGCUCUUAGUGAAGUUCUGUUUGACAAGAACAUGCUCGAGGAAAUCCCUAAAUUCCGUAACCUGUUUCUGAGGUUUCUACAUGGAAACCACAAGGCCCAGAAGUAUAUGCUGGGUGCAUUUGAAUUGCUCGUUGGACAGUCAUUUCCAGCAGACCUGAUGCCAAAGGCCGUUCGCAUUCUAAAAGCGCUUUAUGAUGCAGAUUUGCUAGAGGAAGAAGUUAUUUUGCAGUGGGGUGAGAAGGUUUCAAAGAAGUAUGUGAGUAGGGAGGUGUGCUCGCAGAUCCAUGAGAAGGUGGCUCCCUUUAUCAAGUGGCUAAAGGAGGCAGAAGAAGAGGAUUCUAGUGAAGAGGACGAAGAAGAGGAAGAGAUUGAAGUUGUUUAUGACAAUAAGGCAAAGGAGCUGAAAGCUCAAGCAGAUAACAAAGCAGUUGAAGAGGAUGAUGAUGACUUGGACAUUGAUGCUAUUUAAACAUCUCACCUACCUAGGAGGGAUGUAGUAUUAUAAUUAUUAUUAAGCUUUCAGCUUUUAAGGCUGGCUAGAAAUCCAAUGUUCAGUUUACUUGGCUUUGGUUUUGUUUUUGUGAUUUCUGAUGAAGGAAUGCAUAUUGAUAAUGAGUUAAAUGUUGAUUCAAUAUUUUCAUGGUUGAUUUUCAGGAAAAUGUGUGGGUAAUUUAAUCUUAAGGAUUUUCAUUGUGCAUGGUGGAAUUGUUUCACACAAUAGUGAUUUCAUAUUCCAUUUCAUUGCAAAUCAGUCAGCAUGUUGAAUUAGAAUAUGCAGCUGGCAACCAAUUAAAAAAGCAGUUUAAUGAA